UCCAAACGCUUCCUUGUCUGUUUUAUCUGCAGAUUAUCUGAAAACGUUUUCUGAGUUUUUUGAGAGAGAAAGACAGACACUGAGAAGAUGUUGGAAGGAAAAGCAAUGGUGGAAGAUUCAGAUAUGCUAGUGAAGAUGCAGGUUCAAGCCAUGUCUUUGGCUUCGCAAGCUCUUGAUAUUUUUGAUGUCGUUGACUGUAAAUCCAUUGCUGGCCACAUCAAGAAGGAGUUUGAUGAAAGAUAUGGGAGUGGAUGGCAAUGUGUGGUGGGAUCAAACUUUGGGUGUUUCUUCACACAUUCUAAAGGGACAUUCAUCUAUUUUCAGUUGGAGACACUUAAGUUCCUAAUCUUCAAAGGCGCUUCUACUCCUUAAUAAAACA